GAAAACUAAAUAGAGCGUUCGUUGCGGAACUGUGGAGGGGACGGGACAGCAGAACACCAAGCUGAAGUGAAAACUGAAAACUGAAUUUCGGGAAUUGGGACUACUAGGAAAGGAUAGAGAAGAAGGUCACGAAAGACUGGCUUACCUGCAUAGUGCAAUACUGCUUAGUCGUCAACUGUCAGCUGCUAUCAUUCAUCCAAAUUCAGCUCUGGUCUCCAGCCGCUUUCAAUUGUGUAAAAAAAUACAUACAUAGAUUUGUGUAUGCAGGCGCCAAGAAUGUCCUCCACCAAGUUAGAAGAGAGUGGUGAAGAUCACGGCAGAAACGUGUGCUUCAUUUGCCAGCAAACUCUGGUUCCGUGCAGUUCCCUUUCGCUGUCCAGAGUGGACCUGAACAAACUGUGCAACUGGUGGCGCAAGUAUUUGACAACCCCCUUCAAUCGCAAAGCCGCUAAAAACAGCAAAUGCUGCAACAUGUGUGUCGCCUCGGCCAGGAGCCACCAUGAGGACACCGAUGCUGGGGAUCCCAACCUAGCCUGGUGGUCUGUCGUCGAUGAACCGCAGGACAAAGUGGCUCCUAUCGUGCAGCUGAAUAGGCUUUCUGUUGAUCAAGUUUGGCGAGCCAUCAAAGGAUUGCCCCAGGGCAGCCAGAAACCCAAUCGCAAUCAGAAAAGUGUUGUGUCGAAGGCCAAGCAGAAGACGUUUUAUAGAUGCAACUAUUGCAGCUCCAAAUUCUCCAAAAUUGGACUUAAGGCCAUGCACGAAAAUGUGAUGCACGCCUCUUACUUGAUACCGAAGCAUCAGGUUCAAAGGACAAGUGAUGGCGCUGAGCAUCAGUGUCCAUUCUGCUGUUCAAAGUUUAAAAGCAGAAGUGCACUGAAUGGACACGUGUGGGGCGUGCAUUCGAUGCAAUACUUCAAGUGUCCGAUGGGCUGCAAGGACGCUCUGCUGGGAAAAGAUGAUCUGAAGGCUCACCUGACUGACAAGCAUGAGGACGCCGACAAUCGCCUCUUCAAGCUCGUAACCUCCAAGGUUCCGUGUAGUUAUUACCAGUGCAACCAGAUGUUUGCCAACGAGCACAAGAUGGACCAGCACUUCAAGAAGACCCACCAGAAACAGGAGGGUGACUUCAGGUGCAGGGUUUGCGGAUACAGAGGCGUGAACCGCUACAAAUUCCUCCUCCACAUGAGAAAGUACCACCACAGCAGUGAGCCGGAGGAGCGCGUCCAGGAUCCUCAAAGCAGUACAAGUGGUGUUGGAGACCAGGCGGAGGUGCAGUGCGGCCUGUGUGGAUUGUGGAGGGUCGCAGCGGACAUUCAAGAGCAUAAGAUGGAGGCCAAGUGCCAGCACUGCAAGGGCAUUUUCGCCUGCCGGGGCCUCAGGAACAGACACCUGUGGAACAAAUGCAGUGCUGCUCCGAGCCACAAGCAGGAAGAAGGCUGGGAGGUCAUUGCAAAGGUCACCGUCCGCUUCUAGAUGACUGUUGAUUUGUUUGUAUUAAUUUUCUGUUCGACAAACACCAAGAAUAUAGCUUUAAUCGCUUCUUUUGCCAAUUUUAUCAGGAUAAUUUGUAAAGUUUUCAUGAAAACUUUCAUAGCAUGCGGAACAGGUGAACAGGCGCGCAGUUAUCUCCUUGGUUUAUUUUGUUUUGGGCAUUUGAAAAAUAUUUGUAAAUCAGUUUUUUGUUUAUUCCUGAUAAAAUAAAAUAACGGUGAAAUUCU